UUCAGAUGCCCUAAGCUUCGUCCAGUCGAUCUUUCUCCUUUCACCCCCAAGAUCUGUCGCGUCUCGCGUGAGCUUCGCUCUGUCUCUCCGAGCAUCGUCCAUCUUCAGUCACGGCCGCUCUGUCUCUUCAGUCACUCCGAGCUCUGUCGCUUCAGUCACGGUGCUUCUUCAGUCAAGGCGCUCUGUCUCUUCAGCCCGGGAUUCCAUCGCUCUGUCUCUCGCUCUCCGAGUCCGAGCUUUUAGGAUUUUCAAUCAUGUCUUGGUGUACAAUUGAGUCAGAUCCAGGUGUAUUCACAGAACUUAUACAACAAAUGCAAGUGAAAGGAGUACAGGUUGAGGAGCUGUAUUCAUUGGACCUUGACUCCCUCAGCUGCCUUAGGCCUGUUUAUGGCUUGAUUUUUCUUUUCAAAUGGCGUCCCGGUGAAAAGGAUGACCGUAUUGUUAUCAAAGAUCCCAAUCCUAACUUGUUUUUUGCUAGCCAGGUAAUUAAUAAUGCAUGUGCAACACAAGCGAUCUUGUCUAUCCUUUUGAAUUCACCAGAUAUUGAGAUUGGACCAGAGCUGUAAUUGAAAGAAUUUACCAAGAACUUCCCGGCUGAGCUAAAAGGAUUGGCUAUCAAUAAUAGUGAAGCUAUUCGUACAGCCCAUAAUAGUUUUGCAAGGCCUGAACCUUUUGUCCCUGACGAGCAGAAGGUUGCUGGGAAAGAUGAUGAUGUUUACCAUUUUAUAAGCUACCUACCGGUGGAUGGGGUCCUGUAUGAGCUUGAUGGAUUAAAGGAGGGUCCCAUUAGCCUGGGUCAGUGCUCUGGCAGUCAAGGUGAUAUGGAAUGGCUAAAGAUGGUGCAACCGGUGAUCCAGGAACGUAUUGAUAGGUAUUCCCAAAGUGAGAUAAGAUUUAAUCUCAUGGCAAUUAUCAAGAACAGGAAGGAGAUGUAUACGGCUGAACUCAAGGAACUUCAGAAGAGGAGGGAGCGCAUCUUGCAGCAGCUGGCUGCAUCAAAAUCAGAGAGACUGAUGGAAAAUAGCAAUUACGAGACACUGAACAAUUCUCUCUCUGAAGUAAAUGCUGGGAUCGAAGCUGCUACUGAGAAGAUAUUGAUGGAGGAAGAAAAAUUCAAAAAAUGGAGAACUGAGAAUAUCCGUAGGAAGCACAAUUAUAUACCCUUUCUGUUUAACUUUCUGAAGAUCCUUGCCGAGAAGAAGCAGUUGAAGCCACUCAUUGAGAAGGCCAAGCAAAAAACAAGCAGCUCUCGGUGAAGAAUCUUAUCUAAUGUUGAUAGAACGUUUUGUGCUUACAUUUUCUGUUGGUUUUCUUGUUUGAAUUUAUUUAAGAUUGUACCUGUUGUAUUAUUAUGUUGCCCUUGGCCUUGGUUUUUCACGGUUCAAGUAGUGCAUUGAGUAUGCAAAUUAACUGACGCCCGUCUUUCAUCA